AUGGCGUCCACAGCCACCCUCCCAUUGAUUCUCAGUCUUCUAGUUUUAAGCAUACCCCCGUUACUAGCUGAUUAUUACUCUCCUAACUAUUCAAACAAGAACGUAAUGAAUGUUAUAGAUUCUUGUUGGCGGAGCAAAGCCGAUUGGGCGGCCAACCGCGGUGCAUUGGCUGAUUGCGCAGUGGGCUUUGGCAAAAACGCUAUUGGAGGGAAGAAGGGUGCCACCUACGUGGUAACAGAUCCAUCAGACGAUCCCAUAAAUCCUAAACCGGGCACACUUCGGUACGGUGCAAUCCAAUCAAAUCCAUUGUGGAUUAUCUUUGCAAAAGACAUGGUCAUCACUCUUAAGAAUGAGCUUAUGAUAAACAGUUUUAAGACCGUAGAUGGGAGAGGGAUGAAAGUGGAAAUUGCUUAUGGGCCAUGCAUUACAAUACAAUAUGUCAGCCAUGUUAUUAUACAUGGGAUUAGCAUUCAUGACUGUAAGCCAGGACAAUCUGGCCUUGUUCGAAACAGCCCGAGCCAUGUUGGCCACCGCAAAGGCUCUGAUGGAGACGCCAUCGAUAUAUUUGGGUCAACUGAUAUAUGGAUUGACCACUGUUUUCUUGCACGCUGCGCCGAUGGCCUAAUUGAUGUAAUCCAUGCUUCAACUGCCAUCACCAUCUCUAACAACUUCUUUCAACAACAUGACAAAGUUAUGUUAUUUGGGCAUGAUGAUAAGAAUACGGAGGACAAAGUUAUCAAAGUGACGGUUGCGUUCAAUCAUUUCGGACCUGGCUUAGUUCAAAGGAUGCCUAGGGUCAGGCUAGGUUACUCUCAUGUGGCCAACAAUAGAUACGAUAUGUGGGAAAUGUAUGCUGUUGGUGGCAGUGCUAAUCCAACCAUCUUUAGUGAAGGAAAUUACUACAUGGCUCCCAAGAACACUGAUGCAAAACAAAUUACAAAGAGAGAGGUUGAGAAUGGGUGGAAGAACUGGAAAUGGAGGUCAUCCAAGGAUAAAUUUGUGAAUGGAGCUUAUUUUAUUCAAUCAGGAUGGGGAAGUUGUGCACCUGGUUACACCAAUUCCCAGGCAUUUCCGGUCGCUGAUGGGUCGAAGGUUCUUGCUCUAACGUCCGAUGCUGGCCCUUUGAGAUGCAGUACUAAAGCAUGUUGA